AUGAAGAUCGUCCUGGCGGUGAGUGAACUGUACAUCUCCUGUGAAUUCACAAUAUCUCUUUCAGCUGAUUCUAUUCUGCUCUUUUGGGGACUGUAACAACUUGACUUCUUCUUCUUCUUCUUCUUCUUCUUCUUCUUCUUCUUCUUCUUCCACUUCCACUUCCACUUCUACGUCAACCAUAUCACCAUCAUCCACGUCGGCAUCCACGCCUACUCCUGUUCCUCUCAAGUGCUCGCGCGACUACCACUGUCCGAGCAAGUGCGACGUGUGCCGAUCGGGCAUUUGCACCCAUCCGCUUCUGCUCAACUGCACCCGUGACUACCACUGUCCCGCCUGUGAAGUGUGUCGUUCUGGAAAGUGCGUCGAAGGAACUCGAAUGGCCCAUUCGUGUACUCUGGCGGAUUACAAAGAGACGUGUGAAUCUGGAGAAAUGUGCAGAGACGGAAAGUGUGUGGAGAAUCGGUGCGAAGAGGAUCACGAGUGCGGCGAAGAGAACCGAGAGUGCAAACUGGGAAGGUGCGUCGGAUUCUGAACUUUGAGCUGAGCUGAUUAAUAAAUGUUUAUUUGUUUUCGUUUUUACGUGAACAGCACCAAGAGAUAACCGGAACGAACGUCCCCUCCGGUAUGUGGGAAAGAUUCAGUUUUCGAAAAGUUUCACUCGAUUUCCCUCGCUCGCGCAAGCAAUUGGAUAGUGCGAAUCGAAUCGAUUCCAAGAUGGCGUCUCGAUCGAAAAAGAAUCAAAACACUGUGAGUUCCCGGUUGGCUCUUCGCACCGAAGUCAGCCUCUGCAGGUCCCGGACUCUCCUCAGACCGAUUUCCCGUCGGAUUACUCGAGCGGCUCUUCUGCAUCAACUGGCUCCGCGCUCACUUCCCUCCGAACUUCUGCCUCGUACGACGGAUCUUCCGGCUCGUCGCAUGUCUCCACCGGAAGAAGCCGUGGUUCCCGCAUCGACUCGUUCCGUUCUUCUCCCGGACGUUCUCCGCACUCGCGCAUCGGAAAUUCCUCCAGAAGCAAGAGACGUCGUUCGGGAUCUUCCUGCAGCUCGACUGGAUCCGCUCCCCGCCGCAUUCUCAAAGACAAAAAGAAGGUCUCGACGGGAAGAAAGCGCCCUACGAGACGUCAAAGCACGCGUCCCGUCGGAGAGUUCGCGAUGAUUAAGGACGAGACGACCCGUCUGCAGGGUCCGUUUAUCAGCGGAGCCAUAUUUUCGAUUCUGACGUCUUUCAGUCCGUGAAUUCCUCUCCUACUAUUCAAAACAACCGGACUUCGAAGCGUUCUCGAUUUCCGUCGACGGCAUUCCGUUUGUCGCCGUCUCGCUCGGAAAUGCCGAUGAUCAGCUGAGCUCGAAGUUCAUGAAGAAAGCUCCGCCCCCGACUCCGAUGAAGAGACACACUCCAGGUAUUCGAGGAUCAUUCUGCUCCAAUACAUUAAAUUUCAGGAGUGAACAGUCCGCGCAAACGUCGUCUCCGCUCCGCGUCCGUUGGCUCGUCGGCACCCAACUCGAAGAUUGUCCGUUUCUCGGACGAGUCCUCCAAAAAGAAGCGCCGCCCGAGAAGUCGUUCUUCGUCGGCCGAGGACUCGCAGAGAGAGCUCACCGAAAAGAUUUCGGAGGCGUUGAUCGAGACGGACAAGAAGUACCAGAACCUGUGGCACGACCGUGUUGAGGAGAAGAGGGGCUCGAGAGACUAG